UGAAUGUCUAGCGCAGGUUUUGGAGAAGGUAUCCACUGACUUGAAGAAUCAUCUAUUUAAAGGUUUUUUUUUUAAAAAAAAAAUAAAAAAUGCCUGCCGGAGAGAUCUUCACGUUGACCACAGCUCGAGAGGUACCCAAAAAAGCCAAGGAAAAUAACGAGUUGACCGUAACGAGGGGAAAACAGAAGGAAUACCAGUUGAUUAAGGUGAAGGACACUUGGUGUCGUGUAGAAAGUGGCCAAGAAAUAGCCUGUGAUUGGGAAGAAGAUCCAAUCAUUGUUUCCCAAGCCAAAAUAAGCGAGAAGAUAUCAGAAUCGGGAGUCUCGUGGACCGUGCAGGCCCCUAUUUAUUUCCGGUAUAAAGUGAUUGAAACCCAGAGCCUUUUAGAUCCCAGUAACUCAACGCUCCUGUAUGGCCAUGUAUCUGAUCCCCAAGAACUAGAGGUUUACCAGAAAAAGACCCAAAGGCGUUUUAUUGUUAUAGACGUGACGGUCGAUAAAUUACAUGGCUCCAAAGUUAGGAAGUAUUUUGAAGCUAACAAUGUUCAUUAUAAAGUGAUGGCCCUUCCGACCACAGAGGAAACCAAAUCCAUGGACAUGGUGUUGAAAAUCUUAGAAGAAGUUCAGAAGUUUGGCCUUGAUAGGCGCACCGAGCCGAUUAUAGCCAUAGGAGGGGGUGUUUGUUUAGAUAUUGUAGGCCUGGCUGCCUCCCUUUACAGGCGACGCACGCCUUACAUCCGCAUUCCCACCACACUCUUGUCCUACGUGGACGCAAGCGUGGGGGCGAAAAAUGGAGUCAAUUUCUGUAACUGUAAAAACAAACUAGGCAGCUACACCCCUCCCGCCGCCACCUUCCUGGAUCGAUCGUUCAUUCAAACAAUUCCACGACGUCAAAUAUCCAAUGGGCUUGGAGAAAUUUUAAAGAUGGCUUUGAUGAAACACAAAGGGUUGUUUGAGUUGCUAGAAAGUCACGGAAAAUAUCUCUUAGACACAAAAUUUCAAUCGAGAAAUGGUCUUGCGAGCCACGGAGAUGCUGCGCUGACAGCCAUGAGACUAGCUAUCCAGACGAUGCUAGAAGAACUGGCCCCAAACCUCUGGGAAGACGAUCUGGAUCGGCUGGUAGACUAUGGGCACGUCAUUAGCCCCGAACUUGAAAUGAAAGUCUUGCCAGCAUUAAUGCACGGAGAAGCUGUGAAUAUUGACAUGGCGCUCAUGACUUAUGUGUCGUUGGAACGCGGGCUGCUCACUAAGGAUGAGAAAGAUCGGACCAUUCAGUGCAUGAAAGGCUUAGAACUACCGGUUUGGCACAAGGAUUGCUCUUUCCAGUUAGUGACCAAAGCUCUGGGGGAGAGAUUCAAGCACAGUGGAGGGAAGCUACGUCUGCCUCUCCCUACCGGCCUUGGGACUGCAGAAAUUUUUAAUGACAUGUGUGAAGAGAGCAUUAAACGAGCCUAUGAGAUGUGGGACAAGGAGUGCGGAGAAUGCUAAGUCCUGAAGGAUCUCAUGUUUUAUGGACUCGAUGCAGCACAUCUUCAAAGCCAGUUCUGAACAUCUGCAGCAUAUAUAAUGAUCAUCAGUAGUUAGGUGUGUUUGUGGGUUAGUUAGUGCAGAACGCAAAGACUUAAUCCAGCCGGUACCAUCGUCAAAAGCAACUGACAUUCCAGACGCACUGAAGACAGAAGAGCGAAACGCGUUGGUUAAAGCGCCAAUAGUAAUCUAUAAAGCUAGGCUGAAAGUUACAGAAACUGCCUUAUCGAUUAGAUUGCUAUGGCUUUUUUAUAUGCAUUUUUAUAAAAUGGGACGUAUGUUUACUAUAGUUGGGGAUAUGUGCCAGUUAUUUUAAGGUACCAUAUUUGCACUUUUAAGGUCACAUAGUUGAGCAACUCAGUAUUGUGAGAUGGAUUUCCUAUCCUCUAUAAGCGUACAUACACUCACUUAGUUUACGUA